CUCGGCUCCAAACACUGUCGCUUCCCGCCCGGAGGGGCCGCAGACCCCGGCGUCAUGACGGAGGUGACGAGGGAAGCGUUCGGGCGCCUGCCGCCGGAGGAAGGCGGCGGGACGGUGGAGAAGUUCACGCUGAAGUCCGACAGCGUCCGAGUGGAGAUCCUGACCCUGGGCUGCAUCGUGGCCGCCCUGCAGACCAAGGACAGGCACGGCGCCUUUGCAGAUGUGGUCCUGGGCUUCGACAGCUUGGAAGGUUACACCAGGAAGCACCCCUUCUUUGGGGCCGUCGUGGGGCGCGUCGCCAACAGGAUCGCCAAGGGCCGGUUCACCCUGGACGGGCAGCAGUAUCAGCUGGCCCUCAACAACGGACCCAACAGCCUCCACGGAGGAGCCAGGGGGUUUGACAAGGUUCUCUGGAGCCCCGAGGUCGUGCCAAGCGGCAUCCGCUUCUUCCGGCUCAGCCCGGACGGCGAGGAGGGCUAUCCCGGAGACCUCAAGGUCUGGGUCACCUACACGCUGCAUGGUGGGGAGCUGGCCAUCAACUACCGAGCCCAGAGCAGCAAGACGACACCCGUCAGCAUCACAAACCACUCGUACUUCAACCUGGCUGGGCAGGGCUCAAAGGACAUCUACGACCACGAGAUCUCCAUUGAAGCAGAUUCUUACCUGCCCGUGGAUGACACCAAGAUCCCUACUGGGGAGGUGGCCGCCGUGCAGGGCACAGCCUUCGACCUGCGGGCGCCCGUGGAGCUGGGGCAGCACCUGCAGCGCUUCCACCUGGACGGCUUCGACCACAACUUCUGCCUGAGGCCAGGCCCGCCGCAGCGCCUCGUGGCCAGGGCUCGGCACGCGGGCAGCGGCAGGAGCCUCGAGGUGCGCACCACCCAGCCCGGCCUGCAGUUCUACACCGGCAACAACCUCGACGGCUCCCUGCGGGGCAAGGGCGGCGCCGCCUACGCCAAGCACUCGGCCUUCUGCCUGGAGACGCAGAGCUGGCCCGACGCCGUCAACAAGCCGCACUUCCCCGACACGCUGCUGCGCCCGGGCCACGACUACGACCACACCACGUGGCUGCUCUUCGCCGCGGCCUGAGGCCUGCAGACCCCAGCAGGGCCAGGAUACUGUUACAGUUUACACAUCUGAGGCAAUGUUCACUAUUUCACUCGGGGCCUUAUAGUAGCCCUCACUUUCCCUUUGUGUGCUUGGACAGGUCUGUAAGCUCUAACACUGAGGUUGCUAUAUAUUUCUGCUAGAUAUUCCAUCCCACUUUUAAAAAAAUAAGAAAAAAACCCCACCACUUACCCUUUUUUUUGGUCUAGCCUUGAUUCCAGUCUUCUGCUCUGAUCAAUGUCCACAAAGUGCCUUAUCAUGCGGUUUUUGACUACAGCAUGAGUUUGGAUAUAUGGAUGUACAAAUACAUUAAGCCUUCAGCUAGGUGUUUGCUGUAGGAACCUAGCUUAAACCAAUGAAGUCCAGGAUCUGGGCUCCUUUAAAACUCCUGCUAUUUUCUGUGCAGCACCUUAGAAUUCCUGAGGUUGGUGAGGAGAUAAGGAAGGCAGAGAGCACUGCAG